AUCGCCGCGCUUUGUUCUUUUCCACGUUUUGUAGUGCGCCCGGUCUGACCCUCAGUCAAGAUGUCGGCGCUGUAUCUCUUCCCCAUGUGUGUCCGAGCGAGUCGGGGCUUCCUCCGGAUCAGAACCGGCUCGGGUCCGGGUCCGGGCGCCGGGUCACCGACCUGGAUUCGGGCUCUUUCCUCGGAGAAGUCCAGUAGCGGCGGAUUAGCGCAGUCUAUCCUUCAAGAACGGCUAUUGCAAAAGCAUGGAAGUGAGGGGAAGCCCCCUCCUGACUCGGAAGGGACAGGGGAACCCCGGGAUUCGGAGCAGAAACAACAGCAGGAAGGGGGUGACGAAAAGAAACGGAACGACAACACCGCCUACGCCAAGAAGAUGGUGCUGAGACUGGCAGGGGUGCUGGGGGUGGGCACUGCUGUUGGCAUGGUCUGUAUAUUCGGCAGCCAUUCAGUAGACGAACAAGGAAAUAAGAUUCCAGAUGAGUUUGAUCAAGACCCCCCAGUGCUGCAGCAAUUACGGAGAACGUAUCAGUAUUUUAAAGACUACAGACAAAUGAUCAUUGAGCCGACGAGCCCCAAGCUCCUCCCAGAUGUGCUCAAGGAGCCGUACUACCAGCCACCCUACACCCUGGUGCUGGAGCUCACAGACGUGCUGCUGCACCCAGAGUGGUCGUUGGUCACAGGCUGGCGUUUCAAGAAGAGGCCGGGCAUCGAGUAUUUAUUUCAGCAGCUGGCUCCUCUGUACGAGAUCGUCAUCUUCACAGCUGAGACUGGCAUGACCGCCUUCCCCCUGAUAGACAGCAUCGACCCACACGGCUUCGUCAUGUACCGGCUGUUCCGAGACGCAACACGCUACGUGGAUGGACACCACAUCAAGGAUGUGUCCUGUCUGAACAGGGACUCCUCCAAGGUGGUUGUGGUGGACUGCAAGAAGGAGGCGUUCAGUCUGCAGCCCUUCAACGGGCUUGCGUUGCAGAAAUGGGACGGGAGCUCGGAGGACAGGACUCUGUACGACCUGGCAGCCUUCCUCAAGACGAUCGCUCUCAGUGGGGUGGAUGAUGUGCGCUCGGUGCUGGAGAACUACGCCCUGGAAGACGAUCCUAUCGAGGCUUUCAAACGCAGACAGGCCCAGCUUGCCCAGGAGGAGCAGAGCAGAGUUUCGGAACUCAGCCAGCAGAAGCAGCAGGGCCUGUCCCUGGGCUCCAUCGUGGGACGCUUGUGGGGCAGAAGCAAGCAGCAGUGACCUCACUGCAGCACACCGACCAACCACAGACCUCCUUACUGAGCAGCCAGCUAACCAGCCAACCGGCCGCCGCGGGGACAAAGAAGCAAGUACGGAAGGAAGGAGGCAGGCUGAGGGCUGCUCCUGCUGUCCAAUCGGGUCCCAGCCCAGUGGUGAUGUCACAAUAGGUGUGGGAGGGGCUCCGGGAGGCAGAUGUUUUAUCUUCAUGAUUUUUUUUUUUUUUUUUUUUUUUUUUUUUUUGUUCCUCUAAGCCAGGGGUCGCCCACCCUGGUCCUGGAGAGCCCCUAUCCAGCAGGUUUUCUAGGUGUCUUUACAUCAUCAGAUCUUGACCUAAUUAAGACAAUAAUUGGUUCAAUUAGUAACUGAGAGAUUGGUUGAAACGAAAACCAGCAACCACAAUAGCUCUCCAGGACCAGGGUAGGGGACCCCUGGUCUAAGCAGUAUCCCUGUCGUGUUUUUUUUUCUUUCCAAACUGACCUCCCGUUGCAAAGCAGUUUGAGACUUCGAGUGAUCCUGGAAUGGGUGACACUUCUACACAAUAGGAGUCUUAUUCCCACCCCUGCUUGCAUGCACGCACGCACACUCACACACACACACACACACACACAGCUGUUAAUGUGAUCACCCUCAGUGUUACAGGCAAGAAGCUCAGUGGCGUCUUCGAACUGCUUUGCAACGGAAGUCUUUUCUUUGACCCAAAUUCAGGGAUCAGGCUCCACUAAGCUAGUAACAAACAGGGUCCCCUGCACUCUGAAAAUAAAAUCUGUCUUCGGUGGAUUGUCCUAUUUGUAAAACAACUGUAAUGUUAGCGUACAAUAUGUGAUAUAAUACAGUUUAAUACAAUACGGUACAAUAAACUGAGAAUCGAAAAUGCAAGUCUUUCUCUUCCCCCACCAAGCCCCCUCGAUAGGGAUACUGCCCUGUGAAAUGCUUUUUAUUAUCAAGUCUCAAUAGGGGCAGGGAUAUCACGUGCAUAGUUCUUUAUGUUUUACAAACUUUGCUAUUUUGUAUUUUGUAUUUAUUUAGAGUAGUCGAUGGUAAUAAAAAUAAAUAGUGAUAUUGUACUGAA